GUAUUCUUAUUCAUUCGUUUUUUGCGUCGUGUUCCCUUUUCGCCGCAUGUGCAUCCCUCGUCCCUCUUACCGUUUACGUUUUUUCCAGUCUUGCCGCUUCUUCGCACUGUUGUCCUCAUAGACCGAGCAACCAGUAACUCUCAAGAUUGUGCAUUUGUUUGCCACUUGGUAACAUGUUUACUUCUCACUUCUUUCCUCGAAGUACCAGCUGAACUUUCUGCCCCCCGACUGCGUUGUCUGUGGCUUUCUCCUCUCCCCGUAUUGCAGUUGCGGUGACUUAUGGGUCAUAGGGAGACCGUGCUCGUCUUUGGUUCAGCAGUGAAAAAAGUUUGAUCUGAGUGCGAUUCUCUUGUAUGCCUGAACGUUUUCCUCUUUAUCUCUCUUUAAAUUUUGUCGAGCCCUUGCAGCAACGCAGUCGACUCAUCGCAUUGUUUUUUUUGACCCAGAUAUUUCGUCUUGCGCCUCGCUCCACAUUCCUUUCCGUUUAUUCGCUUCCUACUUCAUUCUCCAAGGGCAACUUCUGAAACUGGGGUGGCGAGAACUCUUCAAAAUUGCACGUUUCUGCAUGGUACGUUUCUUCCAACGAGUAACAGGGUGUGAAUCGUCGAUCUGCGCCCUCGCAGCCGACAUCUCGUUUUUCUCCGGUCUGUCGAGGCCAACUGCCACAAUUCUGCCCGAGGUCUCUGCUGAGAAAUGCAAGUGCAGACAAGAUGAACGGCUGCAGCAAAAGAAAAUCCCACCGCCUGCUGAAGCCGGUGUUUGAACUGCAGCAAUCGUUUCCGAAAAUCCAGCACUGGCAAGGAGCAGAGAUUCUCCAUCGUCUCAAGCAAAAGGAGAAGGACGCUGCCGUCAUCCACCCGUGCAUAGACACUUGGGGCGACUACGCGCAGUGCCUCAGGCGCUAUCCUGCAACGUCAGCAGCGAGAUGCCGAGUGGAGAGUGACAGGCACACGCGUUGUCUUCAACAGCAUGGGAGGUGGAAGCCUUCAGACAGUCUAGAGGCCCUGAAGCUUCUUGAAAUGUUCAAAGUGUUCAAUGAAACUGCCAGAUUCAAGUAUCCGCCUCCUCCUGUGCAUUCUUUAGUCAGAGGGUGCGCGUUCCCUUUCUCCGAUCCGCCAAAGAAGUAGGUGCCGUUUUUAGAACGCCACAGCAUUCUGAAUUUCUUAGAACUCUCGUCGCAAUUCGCCUUGCCUCUCUUCCGCGACCUCGCGCGCGUGUCUGGCUGUAGAAACAGCGUCCAAGAACGCUGAACGGACCUGUCUGCCUUCGUCAUCAAAAUCGUGGCUUUUCUCGUUUUUUUUUCAAAGCUGUCUCAUGAGACACUGGAAACUCGAGAGACAACAGAAUCUGGUUUGUGUGCCAUUUUCGCACGUGUGACGGCGCGCGACUCUCUCGACCUAGGUCCAUCUAGAUGUGUGAAUUUGUCUAGGAACAGGUGGGGGCCCGAUCUCCUGUGUUUGUGUCUUACCCGAAGAAGGGAAGGAAAAAAAACGGAGGCUUUGCACCAGGCAAAUAGAUGUGCCUUCUGUUCUUGAACGGAACAACCAAUCCUCGGUUUUUCGACUGGGUGUGAAGUCUCGAAUGCCCAACAUACCUGAAUAAGAAGGAAACCAGACACAUUACGCGAGGGAAGAAACUUGCUUCUGUCAAACAUCCCGUUUCCAACCCCAAAGCGCUCAUUGGUUUUUCGUAUACCGUUACCUACCCUAGAGAACAACCAGAUCGUUCGAAGAAUUGCCUUCAGGACACUCUGGAAUAUCAGAGGAGCGGCUUCCAGACAGGCUAGUCUGUACAGAACGCGCACUGCUUUCUCCUAGAACGUUAUUUCCAGCAGUUGCACAAUCGCCUCUCACUCCUUUUCCAGUUUUUUGACCAAGAAAAUGCCAGUUGGAUCAAAGAAACGACUGCGAUUUUGGGUUCCGUUUGCCGUUACUCGCUGGGCAGCAGCGGCACCGCCGCAGGCCGUCAGAAGUGUCGAUAGACUUCGCCUUCUUCUCCGUCUGACGAACCGCUGUCCCAUCUCAAAUUUCUGUGCCCAC